GGGGAAAAAAAUCCGAUAGCGAUGUACUCGCGUACAUACUCGGUACACUACUCGAGUAGUGCAGGGUCGUCGUUGGCCGCUCGAAGUUUUCCUGAACUCCGGGUCGCUUGACGCCGGCAAUGUGACGUCAUCUCCAAGCGACAGCGGUCGAAGACGUCUCGGACGACAAGAUGGCGGACGUGGUGAGCGUCGGCGUCAACCUGGACGCUUUUUCUCACGCCAUUAGCGGCAUCCAGGCGCUGCGCUCCAGCGUCAGUCGCGUCUUCGAGUGUCUGAAGGACGGCAUGAAGAACAGAGAGACGCUCGAGGGCCGCGAGAAGCAGUUCAUCGCCACGUUCCAGGACAACCUGCAGGCGGUCAACAGAGACCUCAACGAGUUGGAGCGCCUGAGCGGUCUGGUGGGUCGCCCGUCCGAGUCGCACCCUCUGCACAACAGCGGCCUCCUCAGCCUGGAUCCGGUUCAGGACAAAACGCCGCUCUACUCGCAGCUGCUGCAGGCCUACAAGUGGUCCAACAAGCUGCAGUACCACGCCGGACUGGCGUCCAGUUUGCUGAACCAGCAGUCGCUCAAGCGCUCGGCCAAUCAGAUGGGAGCCUCGGCCAAGCGGCGGCCCAAAGUCCAGCCCAGCACGCUCGUCCUCCCCCCGCAGUACGUGGACGACGUGAUUUCUCGUAUCGGAAGGAUGUUUCCCGACAUGAGCAUCGAACUUUUUCGACCCAACGGAACGUCGGCGGUCCUGCUGGUGACGCUGGGCAAAGUGCUGAAGGCCAUCGUGGUGAUGCGUUCGCUGUUCAUCGACCGGACCUUGGUGCGAGGCUUCAACGAGAACGUUUACGACGACGACGGGAAGCUGGACAUCUGGACCAAGUCGCAGCAUCAGGUCUUCCAGAAGGUGACGGACCACGCCACCACCGCCCUGCUGCACUACCAACUUCCGCAGAUGCCCGACGUGGUCGUGCGCUCUUUCAUGACUUGGCUUCGGAGCUACAUCAAACUCUUCCAGUCUCCGUGCCAGCGAUGCGGCCGCUUCCUGCAGGACGGGCUUCCUCCGACGUGGAGGGACUUUAGGACCCUGGAGGCCUUCCACGACACCUGCCGCAUGUGACCUCCGACCCCGACCCCGGGCGGACGUGUCGUUAUCUUCCUGCGGUCUGCCAUCUUCAUCCUCACGGUGACAAAUGCUAAACGUUCCCCGAUGGAUUUGAAACGGCGCUAAUUGAGGAAAAUGUCAUCCUCGUCAUCGUCACGGUGACCUUCCUGACUUAUUGAUGAAGAUCAAUUAGCGAGCUCCGUGCUGCUUUGGGCGUCGCGCCUCAACGUGACCUCCAGACUGGUUCAGACCACAGAAGAAGAGGAAAAGCAAAGAAAUGAAUGCGAAACCAUAUGCGUGACAAAGUCGUAGCUGUAAAUAAAGAUCUGUUCACUGAAA